GGAUAUAGUAUUAAAUAAAACAUACUAUACAUUAGUCACAGACACAUUACUUGUCACAUAUUGAGGAAAAAAAGGAGAUUAUAUAUAUAUAUAUAUCGUCGUCAUAGAGUGGAGCUCAGUUGUGUCUAGGGUUCCCCAUUUUAGCUCUGCAAAUUCAAUGCAAUCAAUCACAAAAUAGUCUUUGCUCUUUUGACCACUCAGAGGUUUUUGGAGUUGAAGAGGAAAAAGGGUGUUGUGGUGUGGCGGGCGAUUGAAUUGAUUGUUGCAAAUGCCGGAGGAAAAUUUGAUUGAAGUUAAGUUCCGUUUGUUCGAUGGAUCAGAUGUUGGUCCCUUUCGAUUUUCUCCGGCUUCCACCGUUGCUAUGCUUAAAGACAGAAUUGUUGCUGAAUGGCCCAAAGAUAAGAAAAUUGCACCCAAGGCGGCAAAUGAUGUGAAGUUGAUAAGUGGUGGAAAAAUUUUGGAGAACAACAAGACUGUUGGUCAAUGUAAAACGCCUUUCGGCGAGCUACCUAAUGGUGUGAUUACCAUGCAUGCUGUUGUGCAGCCAUCAGUUGGUAAAUCAAAAUCAGAAAAGAAGAUUGACGAGGCUCCAAAGAAAAGCAUUUGCGCGUGUGCCAUAAUGUGAAGAUUGUAAGUGAUUCAACUUUAAUCCCGUGGUGUUCUUGGGUGUAAACUGCUGCUGUGAAGUUCAGGGUAAACAGUAUGAUAGCUCAUUGUUACUUGUUUGUUCGUUGAACGGCAUUUCAAUGUAACAGCGCGUCUAUUUGUUUAAAUGAAUUUGGUCGGUGUAAAUUUUGUAAUUGGAGAUUUCUUAUACAAAAAUACAGCGGGCGCGCUGGAUUGCAUGCAGAAUGAUUUUACCAAGCUCGUUAUUCUGCUUUAGGUCAUUAUUUCUUAUACAAAAAUACAGAAAGCGUGCUGGAUUGCGUUCAGAA